GCUUGUUGGUAUCAUUGGUUUCUUGUUAGUUUUGAUUUCAUAGAUUUUGUUGUGUCUGAUAGUAUUCUGGAUGAUAUGAUAGGUAUUGUAAUGUUGAAUUCUUUGAUCUCUGUAGGGCCUAGUGGUAGUCUUGGUUUGUUUGUAGGGUUGGCUGUCAGAAUUGCCUGGUUUAUCGGGAAGUUUAUCUUGUAUUUUGCUUUUGUUUUGUUGAAGAAUUCGCGUGCAAUUUUGUCAUCGGUAAUUGGGUUAGUGGUAGAGGUUCUCUCUCUGGAAGUAGAGCAAAGGAAGUAUGCUCUGAGUUCUUCUUUUAGUUCUGAUGGUUUGUCUAGGAGUUUUGGCAGUUCUUUAAAAUAUGUGUCUG